UUUUGAGGUCAAUGGCGAUGCCCAACCACUAUAAAAGCAGGAUUUAGAAUCUUGGCAGGAACCAAGUUCCCAUAAUACUGAACAAAGUAUAGUUCAAAACAGAAGCAGUCUCUUUCUCUUUAUCAUCUCUCUAUUUCAGCCUUGAGAAAGUUGGAAAAUGGCCAGCACCAAGACAACAACACUCUCACUUGCACUUCUUUGCCUUGUCCUACUAUCAGAGGUGGGAAUACUCAUGGCUGAAGUUCAAACAGCCACAGCCCCAGGGCCACAGGUUCCUGAUGAAUGCCCGGGCAAGUGUGCAAAGAGAUGCAGCAAGUCAUGGAAGCCAAAGAUGUGCAAUAAAACAUGCGUUGCCUGCUGCCACAGGUGCCCUGAUCACUGUGUGCCUGAUGGUCCUCUAGCUAGCAGAGAUUCCUGCCAUUGCUACUCACAGAUCCAGACCCAUGGCAAAUUCAAGUGCCCUUGAACCCAAUUUUUUUUUCCUUAUAUUCUACGAGAUCUCUGAGUUUCUAGUUUGGAUCUUUAAUGUCAAUCAAGAGAGAGUGGUUUAUAGAGAAAAAUAGAGGAAAAAGGAACAAGGGUUGUGUUUCUGUGGCUCUGUUGUCAUAUGUAAUAAGUCAGUGUUACUAAAUAAGAAUAGUAAGAUGGACUCAUGUUUAGCUCAA